AUGUCUAGGAUAGGGCUGGAACUUGUUCGGGAAGACUCGGGCUGCGUGGAGGCAAGGAGAGAGUUGGGGCUGAGCGAGGGCAGCGGGAAACGCCGCCGACAGGUACUAGACAAGCAGCAGGAACAAGCCUGGGGGAAACCAGACGGCCCACUCCGAGGUGCGGCACGUUCCAGGAGGGCAGGAUGCCCUGCAGCCCAGGGAACCUUCGCGCACAACCAAGCUCGGUGUGCACGUGGGAGCGAAAACGCACGGAGACCGAGAGCGGGCAUCGUGGGCUGCUCCAGCUCUGCGAGCCCCCCGGGCAGCAGAAGCCGGGCCAGACAGGACACCAAGGUGCGGAGGGCGGGCCAGCGCAACCCGGCUCCUCCCUCGGCUGAGCCGGCCCGGGACUUCGACCCGCCUCUCCCGCACCCUCCCCGGCACCGCACAGCCCCGCAGCGAUGCCAGGGCGGCUUGCUGCAGAGUGAUAGUGAAUGGAAACUUUUCCCAUUUUUCCGUAUUCUUCGAUACAUUCCAGAGGAGUCCAAAGACAGAAUUAUCUCAGGUGAAGAUGUACUCAGAAUGUUACUGAAGGCUUCACAGCUCUAUUUUGAAAUGACUGUAGUAAACAAUCUCUUGACUGUGCUUCCAGAACCUGUUGAGUCAAAAUAUCAACACCUACUGGCUAUUCAGCAUCCAAGGGUGAAACUGCUUAGAAACAGACACCACCAACAAAGCAUCUUCAAAACAGAAGACAUGCUUUUUAAGACCUUGGGCUUCAUUCAGUGUUGCUUGAGCAGCUCCCUGAUUUCUGUAGGAAGAGGCGUUGCCACUAAAGGACUGAUACCAAAAGGGGCAGUCGUGUCUGUGUAUUCCGGUAACAUCUCAAAGUAUGAGCCAUUCUUUUCCCAGCCCAUUGGAAAUCCACUUAUUUUCAGAUGCUUGGAUGGCAUAUUCAUUGAUGGAAAUGACAAAGUAAUACCAAGAAUUAUAUUCAACUCACGUUUUCAGCUCUUCUAUCUUGUGCUGCGAGAGACCGACUUAGGCUUUAAGAAUGAGUGCCAUUCCAGAGUUAACAUUCUGAAAUUCACAAUCCACUCACUAGAGGACAGUGUGUCAACGAUUGUUCAGACAACAACGCCACUGAUGUGUUAUUAGGAAUUUGAUGUGUCUGCAGUUUGCCCUGUGAAACAAGCAAAUCUCCCAAACACUGCCUACAGCUGUGACAAAGUCAGUCAUCCAUUUCGAUGUGGUGUUCUUGUUGCACUUAGGGACCUCAAGCAAGGACAGGAGCUUUGGUCAAACUACGACAUGGUUAUCAGCUAAUUUGGUGAAUUAAAAAUGAGGUUUU